AGCAGGCAUCAUAUCAUCAGCCAGGCCAGAAUACGACAGAUGUGUGGGCCUGUGAUUUAUCAACUAUGGCAUUGGUGAUGGUGAUAGUGAUUUUCGAAGCUGUAACAUCAUUUUAAAAUACCGUUACUGUUUAAAAUAAUAUUAAUGAGCAUUAAUAAAUGGUGUAAUUAACAUGCAUAUGAUAACAAAAAAGUUUGAAAUAAUUUGACACAGCCUCUGAAGAGGUUUCCUGGUGAUAAUCAUACAGCAUCUCUACGAUGAUGGGUAUAUUGUAUGAGAAGAGGCCCUUAAAAAGGCCCAGACUCGGGCCACCGGACGUCUAUCCCCAGGAACCCAAGCAAAAAGAGGAUGAGCUGACGUUGGUGAAUGUCAAGCAUGGGUUUUCGACUAUGCCCCAGCUCUCGGAUGAGUUCGGUACUGCGAGAAAUUGCAAUGUGACAUCUGCUAAAGUCGGAGCUUAUUUUAACGCCAUAUUAGCCAAGAAAGAGGAGCUGGCGACGAUGCCGGACACUGGACGGAAAAGACAGCAGAUAAAUCCUAAAGACAAUUUCUGGCCUGUAACUGCCAGAACUAAGAGCGGCAUCGAGGCCUGGUUCAAAGAUUUAUCAGGAUGCAAACCUCUUGUCACCCUGGCUAAGCGCGCUCCUAAUUUUAAUAAAAAAGAAGAAAUAUUUAUGAUGCUCUGUGAGUAUCAAGUGCCGAUGCUUAGAGCCGCUUGGUUUAUUAAAUUGAGUUCUGCUUACACUGUUGCCGUAUCUGAGGCUAAAAUAAAAAAACGUCAGCUUCCUGAUCCUACCACUGAGUGGACUGGAACUUUGAUUAAAUUUUUACGAGAUCAGUUGUCCAAAAUCCAGGACUACUAUCACAUAGGAAAUCAAAGUGGACAUAGCACUCCAGGUAUGAACGGAUCGUGCAACUCGUCAUCUACCGUCAGUAAUAACUCGGGUAUUAUGAACAACAAUAGUACAAGUAAUGGAAUAAAUUCUUUGCAACCUUUAACACCCAAUACAAAUGCAAAUAUUUUGAUGACUGAAGAACAUAAAUUAGCUUUAAAGCAGUGGCAUUACAGUAUUCAAUUGGCAAAAUAUAUGUUUGAAGAAGGUUUGCUAGAUAGACAGGAAUUACUCCAAUGGAUUUUAGAAUUACUUGAUAAAAUGCGAUCAACUCCGUCUGACGAUGGAGUAUUGAAGCUGCUUCUGCCGUUAGCGCUUCAGUAUCUUGAAGAAUUUGUUCAAUCCGAGUUAUUAGCGAGGAGAUUAGCGUAUUUAUGUUGUAGAAAAUUAUCACAGAUGCUGAGUAAUGUUGACAUCAACACACCAACAAGUCCGACAGUUCUACCAGCCAUAAAAUCAGAAAUCACUAACGGAAAAGAAACCGUAGCAUCGACAGCAGCAACGCCAGCACCGUCAUCAACAAGUGGAGCAGGAGCGUCAACAGCAGCUCCGCAAACGACUCAGCCGAUAUCUAAUGCUCUGACAUCAGCAUUCAAUGAUUACUUGAAUUGUCCGCAUCACAAAGACGUGAUUCUUUGUCUGUCAGCAAUAGUCCAAGUGAUAACACUAGAGUGCCCGACAGCUUUAGUUUGGAAUAGCGUUGGAGAAGGUAAGUCACCUUCUGUAUUAAAUGGGUCUCCUUUGGAUUAUCUUCCUUGUCCACCAGCAGCACUGCCAUGUCCACCAGCGAGCGCAGCGAAUCCAACAAUGGCUAAACUGAAAGCUGCUCAGGAAAACAUUCGCGCCCGAUCACAGGCCGCCGAGGGACGUUGGUCUUGUGACAAAUGGCAGCAAAGUAGCGCUGGUAUGACGACAACAAAAGUUUUAUCAGCUCUAGAUGCUCUGGACCGUCAUAAAUUUGAUAAAAUUGAUGUUACUAAUUCGUUGGAUACUCUCUAUGCUAAAAUAUUUACCCCGCCGACUAAAGAAACCACCAAUGAGAGAGAAACAUCCAAGACUGAAUACACACCCCAACAGGAUUCCGCAGUUGUGGAUAUUUUGUGUCAGUGGGCCGUGAGUGCCGAGCGCUGGGGCGAGCACAGAGCGAUGGCUGUGGCUAAAUUGUUAGAAAAAAGACAAACUGAAGUUACUGGUGAAAAUAAUGACAACGAUGACAAAGAUAGCGUUUGUAGUAACGGUAAUCCGCCGAGUCUUCCGAUAUUCCAGCCGUUGCUGAUGAAAUUUCUUGAUACAGAUGCGCCUAUUCAGGACAAUUCAACUCCUCAGACCAAGGCCCAGUUUACGAACCUCGUGCAUUUAUUUUCUGAGCUGAUUAGACACGACGUUUUUUCUCACGAUGCUUAUAUGUGUACGCUGAUAUCACGGGGUGAUUUAAUUCAAGGUCCAGCUGCUAGUAAACCUGGAACACCGAGCAACAGAGAGCCCAUGGACGAGGAUAGUUUAUUUCCUGGCAUUGAUUUGAAGCCGACUAAACUUGAUCCAGAUCACGGGAGAGCUAUGGAUUAUGACGACAGUAAAAUUGAUGAUGAUCUGGACAAACUGCUUCAGCAUAUCAAAGAGGAUCAGCAGAACAGUAUGGAUGCACCAGACAGCCCUAAAGACGACGCACUGGGCGGCCACGGACCCGAGGGAUUGGACUCCAGACCACCGACAAGUCCCAGUCGGCACCUCUUGUACACCACCCACUUUCCUCUGCCGCAGGAUGAAUCUUCUAGCCAACAUGACUGCAACCAGCGACAUGUGCUGCUGUACGGAGUAGGCCGUGUACGGGACGAAGCGCGACAUGUUGUCAAGAAGAUGACUAAAGAAGUUUGUAAACUGUUCGGUAAAAAGUUCAGCAUCGACGUAGCAGAGGGAGGCAAAGUAAAGAAGCACUCGAGAAGCGAAUUUAAUUUUGAAGCCGUGACACAGAAGUUUCAGAAUCUCAGUUACUUUGAUCAGCAUGUAGUGACUUGGCAGUGUGCGACUCAAGUAAUAGAAAUGUUGAACGGUUUUUCCAUGUCCGGUUCGUCUUAUCUUCCGGUGCAAGAGCACGUCGCUUUUCUUUUCGAUCUUAUGGAACUUGCGCUAAAUAUUUACGGACUCAUUGACGUGUGUAUUCAAAUUUUAAAAGAAUUACCUGAGGUAGAGACUCAAUUGGCAGCGAGAAAUAGCCAAUUGGUAAGAAGCUAUACGACUAGUUUGAGUCUGUAUGUCGUCGGAGUACUCAGAAGAUAUCACUACUGUCUUUUACUUUCGCCUGAGCAAACAAUUUUGGUAUUUGAUCUACUUUGCAAGGUCGUAAAACACGUGUCCAAUCCCAGCGACUGCAGUUCUGCUGAACGCUGUAUUUUGGCUCAUCUUUAUGACCUCUACUCGUCGUGUUUCUUCUUGAAAGUAAAACCGCAUGGUGUCGAGGCAUUCAGUAACGCAUAUCCUAAAAUAAAAGCCGCGAUGUUCAACACCAACCCAGCUCUCGUACCGUCAAGUCAUCCUUACAAUUCUCAGUAUAUGGUUGAAAUCCUGAACAAUCCAAGAAGAGGCGGUAAAAUAGAACCCCAGUGGGCUAGAUCUUUGAACGAAUCACCAGCAAACAGAUACAGCUUUGUCUGCAAUGCCAUUGUCGCUGUUUGCAAUGAAACUGACAAUGACAAGCUCAAUGAUAUCGCCAUCACUUGCGCAGAACUCACUGCCUGCUGUAAUUCACUUACUGUCGAAUGGCUGGGGGCUCUCGCAGGACUCUGCUUGUUGGCUGACGGUCCUCAGUUUUACAUUGACCUGCUUAAUCAGGUCAACAUUCAAGACUUGAGUAUUCACAACUCACUCGCUGUCUUUACUUCCAUCAUGAUAGCGCGCCAUUGUUUUUCCCUUGAAGACUUUGUAAGACUCAUCGCCUUGCCGUCUUUGGGAAACGUCUGCAAUGCAAACAGAGGCGACAGUGACGCUGAAGCUGAAUCACGAGGAAGAUUAACGUCUCAUUUAUUACUCCGUCUAUUCAAAACUGUCGAAUGCCCUCAGCCGGCUCUGUACUCAGUCAGUACAAGCCCACACCCACUUCCUACCGGAAAUCAACGUGGCUACAGUAUUAAACUCAGUUGUGAUCGUCAUCUGCUGGCAGCAGCUCACAAUAAUAUACCAGUUGGUCCAGUAUUAGCGGUUCUGAAAGCGAUCCUCGUUGUUGGAGAUGCUACUGCUGGUAAACAGCCGCCCAAAAAGCCGGACGUACCUACGGUACAUUCAGGCAAAGGCAGUGGACCAGCGAGCGUCGGUGGUGGUGCCGGAGAGUUGUCUAUAAGUCAUAUUCUUGGUACCAGUGACAUUCUUGGAGCCGGAGAUGACUUAGGUCUAGAUCUCGCCAUGUCAUCAUCGAGCAGCAGCGCUGGACUUUUAUCAGAAAAUGUAAAAGGGCUUUCAGACUUUGCCCAGCAUGUUCUGCGUCAAAUUUGCAGCCAGGAAUGGGUUCUAGAGAGAUGCUUGCAAAGUCCAGAAGAACUUUGUUACCCAGAUAUGCUGCUGGAUAGUAUGCUGUCUGCCAGACAAGCCCAGCGAUUGCUUCACAUGAUUUGCUAUCCUGAUACUCCACUGGAUGCUUUUCACGAUCAGCGGACCCACAUCACAAACAUACUAGAAAAUUUAGAGCAAUGGAGCUUGAGAAUGUCUUGGCUUGAUCUGCAAUUGAUGUACAAACAAUUUACUCCUGGGUCUACUGACCUCACUCAGUGGCUUGACAUCGUUGCCAAGGCAGCAAUAGAUGUCUUCCAACUGAACACACUUACCAACAAAACUGAAAAAAGAUCUGGCUCCAUUUGGCUGGUAGCACCGCUAGUGUCGAAACUAUCAAGUGCCGUUCAGGGAAGGGUUUUAAAAGUUGCUGGGCAGGUACUGGAAUCGGGUAACUGGUCAAAGACAGCUGGACGUGAGAGAGGAAGACUUAAAUCACCUUCACUGUUUAAUCACCAGCCAUUUCUGUCAUUAGUUCUCACUUGUCUCAAGGGCCAGGAUGAUCAAAGAGAGGGUUUGCUGACGUCACUUCACUCUCAGCUUUCGCAAUUUUUAAAUACAAGCAAAGAAGAAAAAAAUGUUGCUUCUGAAGAUCCUAAGACACGUGAAGUACUCCAAGAUGCUUUGCAAUUGAGAUUCAGUCUUGUAGGGGGAGUGUUUGAUACGAUACAGAGAAACACGACUGUCACUACAGACUGGGCUAUUUUGUUGGUACAAUUAGUCAGCUACGGUGUAAUUGAUUUGAAUAAUAACUCGGAAUUAUUUACUACUGUCAUUGACAUGCUUGCGACGCUCAUACAUUCCACUCUGGUAUCUGAUUCUCAGUCGGAGAAAGAUGAAAACAAAAAACACUAUCAGAAUUUGAUGAAAAAGUUGAAGAAAGAACUUGGUGACAGAAACUCACCGAGCAUCCAGUAUGUGAGACAAUUAUUACCGUUACCUAAAUUGACAAUGGAAGUGAUAACGUGUGAGCCAAUUGGUUGUCUGACAGACACCAAAGGCAAUAAAAUAGCUGGCUUUGAUAGCAUUGAUAAAAAACAAGGGCUUCAAGUGUGUGAUUCUCAACGUGUGUCAGCAUGGGAAUUAUUAGAAGGUCAUAAAAAUCCGGCGCCACUAUCAUGGGCUUGGUUUCGUGCUGUUAAGAUGGAGAGGAAACCUCUGACUUAUCAGAAUGCCCAUAAAUUGCUGCGUUAUCAUACUCACAGUCAACUGAGACCAGCGAGUCAUUACUUGGAAGCACCUCCGUUGCCUCCAGAGGAUUUGGAGCCUGACAAGAAAGAAAUAGAAACUGGUAAAGCGGAUACUCCGAUGAGCGUUGACUCGCCUAGUAGACUAGGACCUGGAAGUGUUGGACCGGGACUUGCUAUUGGUGCAGGUAAAGGUAAAGCCAUGAAAGUACCGCGUAGACAUCGUAGAAAUAAAGGGGCAGUGACUCCUACUGCACCUGUGACUCAGCAAAUGCAACCUGGACCACCGCCGAUGCAGCAAAUGACCUACGCAAAUCAGCAGCCGCAAGUGCCCCAGCAACCUGGGAUGUUUCCUGGCCAAGCGCCGCAGCCACAGCAGCAGUGGUACCCAAACCAACAGGGUCCUGCGCCUCCUCAACAGUACGGUUAUGGUCAACAAUUACCUCCUACCCAAGUCGGUGGUCCUCGUUACGAGCGUCCAAGUAUGAAUACAUCAAAACAAGCACUUUCAAAUAUGUUACGUUUGCGUUUACCGUCAAAUCAGUUCAUGGGCAAUCAACAGCAACCUAGUGUACCUGUACCCGGACCAGCGGCAUUCCGAGGAAUGCAGAGUAACCAAUUUGUUAGGCAACAGCUGAGAGCUCAACAGGGCGGUCCUGGAAUGAACCCUCAGCAGAGUAUGUUUACUCCCCAGCAGCAGCAGAAUAUGUACGCCAUGCAGCAGGGAAUGAAUCAAAACUACGCGGGUUAUGGUGGACAGCAGAUGAUUUCUCAGCAGCAACAGCAAGCCGCUCAGCAGCAACAGCAAAGUCAACAGCAAGCACAACAACAGGCGCAACAGCAACAGCAACAACAGCAGCAGCAGCAGAUGCUCCAGCAGCAGGCGCAGCAACAAGUUCAGCAGCAGGGAAUGAUGACGCAGCAGAGUAUGAUGUUCCAGAACCAACAGCAAAUGAUGGGAGCACAGAGAAACCAGGAAUACAUGCAGCAGCAGAGAAUGCAGGCAGGUGUCGGGCCGCGACCGCCGUAUCUUCAGGCUCCGAAUGUCACGAUGAAUACGAUGGGCCCGAUGGGUGGGGGAGUUCAAAAUCAGCCUGCGCCUCCUUACAGACAAGCUGGUGGUAAACCUACGGCUGUCGGCGUUGGAGCUUCCAGCAUAGCCAUGCAGUCUAAUCCACAAUAUCAGGCGCAGCAACGUCUUCGUCAGCAAAUGCUAGUAAUCCAACAGCAGCAACAGGCCCAACAGCAAGCCCAGCAGCAACAACAAGUACAACAACAAACGGGUAAUGGAGGUCAGCAACAAACACCUCAGUUAGUUGCUCAUCUACAAAGACAACAUCAACAACCUCAGCAUCCUUAUCAGCAUCAACCGCCGCCGUAUUGAUACCAUGUAACUAGAAAAUAUACAUACGGCAUUUACAUUAUUAAAUUAUUUGAAAAAACUUUCAUUUUGUUACUUCCAGACAGUUAAUGUAAAAAUUUAUAAAUUAUCGAGAUUAUAAUUUGUCUGCAAUAUACAUAGGUCACCAUAGCGCUCGUGAGGUUUUACGUAUUUUUAGAAUUAUUUUCUUUUUAAAUGGGAGAGACAACAGCUUUUUUUUCAGUAUCAUUUUAACUAUGAUAUAAACAAUUAAGAUUUGAAAAUAAAAUUUGGCAAUUUGCCUCAUUUCAUAUUUUUACAACGAUCAUGUUUAAGAUAUAAAUUAUUAUUAUUAUUAUUAUUAAAAAUGAAUUGAAGAUUCACGGUAGUCGAUUAGUCUGUAUCAUACAGAAUUAAUUUAUCAACUGUAUAUAUUCACUGCCACCUUCGAGUAAUUUGUAGGCGGGAUUACAAAAAAAAUAAUUAAUUAUUUGAAUUUAUUUUAAGUUUCUGAAUCUUAAGUUAUUGUGUAGUAAACAAAUUAAUUACUGUUUAAUUAAAUGAAUUAGUUAAUUUUAAAACUUCGCCCAAUUAACUGUAAAAUUAAAAUUUAUUGAAUAAAUAAUUUAUAUAUAAUUGAAAAGUGUUUUAUUAAUAAUUUUAUUUGUUUAAAAUAUUUGAUAAUUAUCAAAAUUUAUAAGUGAUGGGUGAAUAACAGCAGCAAAGUUACGGGCCACUCUUCAUAGAGAAUCAUCUACACUCAUCUCCACCCACCCUCAUAUGGAUCUGAACUCAAAAAAUUAAUUUUUCUUAGGCCUUGUUUGGGUUUUUCUUACUAGAAAACAUCAUAAUGAACAAAAAACGUUUAUAUUGUGAUGGCCCAUUAUAAAUUAUAAUAAUUAAGACGAGAUAUUUAUGAAAAAAUAAAAAUGAGAUUUUAAAAAAUUAGGCGGCAAAUUUUAUUUAAUAUUUUUACAACGAUUGAGUAUAAGAUAUAAAUUAUUAUUAUUAUU